AUGGCAAACGAACCGCCCUUGGACGAGAUUCAAUGGCGCUCGCCGCCCAUCCUCGCCCAGAUGGGCGGCCUACACUCCAACACGAUCCUCUUCUACUUUGCCGAGUCGCCCUUUUUCGAGCGCACGUCCAACAACGCCGUCAUCGUCAGCCAGGCCAUGAACAACAUUUCCAUGUACCACUUCAUCCAGACGCGCGAGGUCUUCGAGGGCCGCCUCAAGACCAUGUCUGGCCUCGAGUUCAUUGUCGGCGAGGAGCCGGCUGAGACGGGGCCUGGCAUGGGCACCGGUGUCUGGGUCAUUCGGAAGCAGACGCGCCGGAAGCGUUACCAGGACGAGGACGAGAUCACCGUGCAUGCUUCAUUUUUCGUGGUGGGCGAGAAUAUCUACAUGGCGCCGGCGUUGGCCGAUAUCCUGGCCUCGAGAAUCAUGACGAUAUCAUCGGCCAUUGCCAAAGCGCUGUCGGCAGCCGAGGGCUCCCGGAAAUGGCGCGCGUCGACGGGCCACGUCUACCACCUCCCCUCGAGUCAGACCUCAUCUCGGCAGAAAGGCCAGGCGUCCAGCGAGGAUACACCAGGACCCGAGGGGCCCGCCAAACCGACGCCAGCCUCCCAGAAAAAUGACGAGCUGUCGCUGGAGAGGGCGUCCGAAGAGGCCUUCAUGGCUCACAUGCGUCACGGCGGUGAAUACAUUGACGAGAACGCAAUUACUGGACGUCCUGGCGAGUUCCACCUUUCUUCCACCGGCCGCAAAGCUGUUCCGCCCCCCAAGGCUGGCACCGAGUCCAGCAUCGGCGCCAUGAAUGGACCUUCGCUCAAUGCCAAGAGUGAGGAUAAGAAGGACGGCAAGACGGAAAAGUCUCCCAAGUCGGCUAACUUGGCCAAGCCGAGGAGGAGAAAGAGCAAGAUGAGCAAUGGGCCUACUCCGGCUCAAACACCAACGGCGUCUUGA